UGAUAGAGCUUUUGGAAAUAACGGAAACUUCUUCAAAUUCGGAUGUCUUAUCUGAUUGGUCUCUUGUUGUGUUUUGCUCAACACUCUAAACAGUUGUGUUUGUGUAUUUGGUGAUUAUCGACAGGACAGGCUGAAGGCUAGUUGUCUGUUUUGCGUGUUCUCAGUCGCAAGCGCUUCAGUGAGGUGCGGGGCGGGCUUUGUGGAGUUAGCGCUCGCACUCGCGCGCCUCAGCUAGUUACACACAGACAUACGUACGGCGAGACACGGCUCACGUUUCAUGUGUCGUUGGAAACACACAUUUGAGGGAGGGGGGGCGACCGACCGACCGACCGCUUGCAAACUACACGUUUGACCCCUUUGAAACUCUGAAAUAUGAAGGUGUUUUCGCGAAUCGUAGCCCCCCAAAAAGCGCUUUUGUGAAGACACGGACAUUAGCAAGGCCUAAAAACUCGCAACGUUUUCGAGACUGCCCGACGUUGUGGGUCGACAUGCGAGCAGUGUAUCAGCACAUAUUUCUUACAAUCGUACAAAAGCGAUUUAAUUUUUUGCACCAACCACUGUCACUUGUUUCAAACAGUUGCAUCCGCUCUUCAGUCUUCAGCAUUAGCGCUUUAUCUCUGCAUUCGCGUUCAAGCAGAUGAUGAUGGGCUAUCCCACUCUGUAUGCCCGCUAUCCACUCAGGCAAAAGACAGUUUCUCUCUGACGAAGAGCAAGAAGGUUAUACCGAUCUCGAAAACGCGAACAUGCUGCUACGGGGUCAUGUCGGGGAGCGUGUCCAUGGCUGUGGAACUGAAUAACGCUCUGACACAGGAUGGCACAGGCAACACACAGGAUGAGUGUGGCAACACUGGGUCCUGCUCUGGGCAUGGAGAUGAGAUGGGCAUCUGUGCCCAUGUCAGUUCUCUUCCUCACCCCCUGGGCCCAUCAUGCAAUGGCCACUGGCCUUCAGACAGGCCCAGCCUGGGCAAAUGUUCUCCUAGCCUGGCCCCACUAAAACAUGAGGGAUAUGAGGGCAAUGCCUACCAAGCAGAGCCCCUACCGACUGGAUCGCUCCGGGAGACAGGAGUGUUGGAGUUGGGGAGCCAGCCUCUUGCUCUCUGCCCGUCUGUUCAGAGGUACGCUCUGAAGAGAGAAGAAGGGAUGAGGGCAGUAGAGAGUGCGGCCACACCGGAUCAGCUGGGGUCAAAGUGCAGCCACACGCAGGAUGAAGCAAUGCAGGUCUCUAAAGGACAUUCUCAAAUGUGUUCCUAUGGCUCAGAGAAUGGUAAGGAGAGUACGAAGGGGAUGAAGGUGACUGUGACCUCCACUCUGGAACAAGAUGCAUUCGUCAAGGAUACAGAGCAGAGCAGAGAAGUCUCAGAGGGCAGCGGGGAGAUUGGUACGGAUCCGAUGCAGUGGACUGUGGCAGAUGUUGCCAGUUAUUUCACCACAGCAGGGUUCCCUGAACAGGCGUUGGCGUUCAGAACCCAGGAAAUUGAUGGCCGGGCUCUUCUCCUGAUGCAGCGCAGUGAUGUGCUGACCGGCCUGUCCAUUAGGCUUGGGCCUGCCCUCAAGAUUUACGAGCGGCACGUGAAGAUGCUGCAGAGGAGGGUCUUCCAGGACGACGGUGACCUCAGCUGAUGGUGGCCAUUCUCCACCUCCCCGUUAGGCGUCCGUUAGACAGGGCGAACAAGCUAGCCAUCUUGACCCUGAGUGAGUCAGAAAGGUCACCACUGAAACAGUGGCAUUAAGCUGAGACACUUUAAAAACCACGUCAGCCAGAGCUGAGGUUCUCACCCUUCAUCCUCAGAACUGAGAGAGCACAGACUAUCUUGUGCCACAUCUCAAUCUCUCUCCCUCUGUUUCUGGGACUGGCCUCUGAACAGCUUCUACUUUUGCACAUGUGUGGAGACCUUGUUUAGUGGAUUCCAUGUAAGAUAUGGUUAAUGUAUAUAGUGUUAUAAAGUUAAUGGCUACAUGGUACAUACACUGCCAUUGCCUUGAUGGAGCAGUAAUUUUGACCACUAGCUCUGGAUUUGAAUGUAUAUAUGUAUGUGUGUAUAAGAUGCAUAACAAUAGCAUUUUAACCGUUAUGUACUGUUAAGUCAGACUGUUUCCUUGAUUUUACAGACAUCAGGUUUCCGUUUUUAUUUGAAGGUACUUACUUAUCUGUGCAUCCAAUGCAUGUGAAACAAAAAUAAAAAAAUGAAUAUAAUAUCUCUGUGUCUGGCACUAAGGAGAAGAAAUAUCCAUAAGUUACAUAAACUGAUGCAUUUUCAUUUGAAUUCAGGAAACAGAAAAGUGUUUGUUUUGGGCAUAAAGAGUAAAUUGUUGUUACUCUCUCAAGAACUAACAGUUUGACGAUAAAGUAUGAUGUGGCCUCUGGGGAAACCUUGUUUGGAAGAGUAGGUUUGUUUUGUUAACCUGUACUGGCGCUUAUAUUAAAGUGAUUUGACUGAG